GCCCAGCCCCUGCUUUUAUUCAGAUAGUGGAAAUCCUUUCCUCCGAAAAUCUGCGAGAAAGGACCGUAUAGGUAGACAAAUACGUGGAAGAAACUAUCCCUGAAAUAAAACACAAAUCGCUGCUUUAAAUCACGUUUCCUACGUUUAUUGAAACAUCCGACUAAUGAGUGAUUUUUGGAGCAUACACGGUUCUUCCGAGUGAAAUGCUGUCUGUCUGCCUGCCACUCCUCUCCACUGCAUCCUGACUGACUGAAGAGCUCUGUCAUUGACUCGUCCGUUCUUUGUAAGGAGGUGUUAAUGAUGAGCGACCGCUUCACGUAGGACUGAAACCAGCCUGAACAGACACAGUCAACCACCGGACUGGAACCAGCCUGAACAGACACAGUCAACCACCGGACUGGAACCAGCCUGAACAGACACAGUCAACCACCGGACUGGAACCAGCCUGAACAGACACAGUCAACCACCGGACUGGAACCAGCCUGAACAGACACAGUCAACCACCGGACUGGAACCAGCCUGAACAGACACAGUCAACCACCAGACUGGAACCAGCCUGAACAGGCACAGUCAACCACCGGACUGGAACCAGCCUGAACAGGCACAGUCAACCACCGGACUGGAACCAGCCUGAACAGGCACAGUCAACCACCGGACUGGAACCAGCCUGAACAGGCACAGUCAACCACCGGACUGGAACCAGCCUGAACAGGCACAGUCAACCACCGGACUGGAACCAGCCUGAACAGGCACAGUCAACCACCGGACUGGAACCAGCCUGAACAGGCACAGUCAACCACCGGACUGGAACCAGCCUGAACAGGCACAGUCAACCACCGGACUGGAACCAGCCUGAACAGGCACAGUCAACCACCGGACUGGAACCAGCCUGAACAGGCACAGUCAACCACCGGACUGGAACCAGCCUGAACAGGCACAGUCAACCACCGGACUGGAACCAGCCUGAACAGGCACAGUCAACCACCGGACUGGAACCAGCCUGAACAGGCACAGUCAACCACCGGACUGGAACCAGCCUGAACAGGCACAGUCAACCACCGGACUGGAACCAGCCUGAACAGGCACAGUCAACCACCGGACUGGAACCAGCCUGAACAGGCACAGUCAACCACCGGACUGGAACCAGCCUGAACAGGCACAGUCAACCACCGGACUGGAACCAGCCUGAACAGGCACAGUCAACCACCGGACUGGAACCAGCCUGAACAGGCACAGUCAACCACCGGACUGAAGCCAGCCUGAACAGACACAGAGAGCAGAGCAGAGUGGACUGAAGCCAGCCUGAACAGACACAGAGAGCAGAGCAGAGGGGACUGAAGCCAGCCUCGACAACCACAGAGAGCAGAGCAGAGGGGACUGAAGCCAGCCUCGACAACCACAGAGAGCAGAGCAGAGGGGACUGAAGCCAGCCUCGACAACCACAGAGAGCAGAGCAGAGGGGACUGAAGCCAGCCUCGACAACCACAGAGAGCCGAGCAGAGGGGACUGAAGCCAGCCUCGACAACCACAGAGAGCCGAGCAGAGGGGACUGAAGCCAGCCUCGACAACCACAGAGAGCAGAGCAGAGGGGACUGAAGCCAGCCUCGACAACCACAGAGAGCAGAGCAGAGGGGACUGAAGCCAGCCUCGACAACCACAGAGAGCAGAGCAGAGUGGACUGGAAGAAUGUCAGUCUGACGGAGACAAAAACUGUUGUCCUGUUUUAUUCUCAAUCUUCAAGACUUCCACCCCCCUGGAUGGUGUGCAGCAGCAGGACACAGCUGCUUGUGGAGUAUGGGUACAACUGCCAGCGCAGCGCCACAACCCAUCUCUGUCUCAGGCUCCAUAUCCUCUGUAGCAGCGCACCAGCAUCCUCCUACGCUUGAGAGUCUCCAUGGCAACGGGGUGGUGAACAGCAGGCAGUCUCUCAGCAUGAGCUCUUCCCAGACGGUGAAGAUCCACAGCGGCAAGGCCAAGUCUAUCAUCACUAACAAGGUGGCACCUGUCGUUAUCACAUAUAAUUGCAGACAGGAGUUUCAGAUCCACGAUGACCUCUUCAGAACAAACUACAAAGUGGGCCGGAUAUCAGACUCCAUGCCUGAACACUACUUGGUACAGGGUGAGUUCUUCAUGGUCCAGGACGUGUACAGCAAGGCUGACGUCCUCAACACUACAGGCAGCUACGGAGCGCCAAACUACCGCCAGGUGAAAGGAAGCUACCCGCUGUACGGCAUGGGCCAGCCCAGCCUGAAUGGCUUCAAACAGGUCCUCCAAAGACUACAGAGUCAAGGGCAUGAGGAGGUGAUGUUCUUCUGUGUGCGUGAGGAACCGGUGGUGUUCCUGCACCUGGAGGAGAACUUUGUUCCAUACACCCCCCGGAGGAAGGAGAACCUCCAUGAGAAUCUCCAUGGCCUGGACAAGGAGGAGACGGUGGAGAACCUGGAGCUCACCAUCAGGAAGGAGCUCCACGACUUUGCCAAGUUGAACGAUAACGUUUUCUACGUGUAUAACGAUAUCGAGCACUUCAAGGGCGAGCCUCAGAGGAUGACCAUUACCUGUGAGGAGGACAUCAACGUCACAGAGGAGGUCUACAGGAGACCUCUGUUCACCAUGCCACUCUACAGGUACUACCGGCUGCCACUACCGAUGGAGGGAGCACCUCUAGAGGAGGAUUUUGAUGCCUUUGUUACUGUUCUCAGGGAGAGCCCCAACCUGUCUUUGAGAAGGGAUGUUUCCAGGCCUCUGCCUGCCCUGUUGUUCAGCUGUCAGGUGGGGGUAGGGCGGACCAACCUAGCCAUGAUCCUGGGGACCCUGGUCCUCAACCACCUGAAGACAACCCAGGAACCACCACAAGCGGAAGAGGCAGAAGCCAAGCCCCUGUUCCAAGUCAUUCAGACCCUCAUCAACAGACUACCUGAAGGACAACAGGUCAUGGAAGAGGUUGACCAAGCGAUCGCUCUGUGUUCAGAAAUGCACAACAUAAAAGAAGCGAUAUAUGAAAAUAAGAAGAAGCUUGAAGCGAUCGGAGAUGAUUAUCAAAUUCAGGGAAGCACGACCAAAGACUACUUUCUCCACAGAGCCAUCCAGAGCCUGGAACGCUAUUUCUACCUGAUUGUGUUCAACGCAUACCUUCAUGAACAGUAUUCUCUUGGCUUUGCGUCCAACUUCAGCCAGUGGCUGUGUGCUCAUCCCUGGGUGUACCGCCUGCUGGCCUGUAUGGACCUAUCAGAACUCUCCGCUCCGCCUGAUCUCGUCACCAAGGGAGCCCGCGUUCUGGUUGCUCAUGAGUACCUGUCUCCAGACAUACUCAGCACAGUGAAGGAGAUGAAGGUGGCUAACUUCAGAAGAGUUCCCAAGAUGCCCGUCUACGGCAUGUCACAGCCUACAUCAGAGGCGACGGGUGUGGUGUUGACCCACCUGACGGAUGAGAAGAGGAAGUACAGCCACGUCCUGUGGGUCAACCUGCAGGAGGAGCUGGUUCUGGAGGGGAACGGACAGGUCUUCACCCCCAGAGAGCCGUCCUGUCUGGAGCAACACAUCCCUGUCCCUGCCACAGACCCCACACAGAUUGAGAAACUAGAGACAGCCCUGGGAGAGGAGGUUCAGAGAGCCCAGAAGUGGCUGGAGGUCACUCUGGAGCAGGAGAAACAGAUGAAGAUGUUUAAAACCUGUCUGACUGUCCAGGAGGUCUUCAACCAGUACCAGAGAACACACCAGGGACUGCUCUAUAAACGCAUCCCUCUGUCAGACUGCUGCGCCCCCAAGGAGGAGGACUUUGACCAGCUCUUGGAGGCCAUGAAGAGUACCUUGGCUGAGGACUCUCGCUCAGCCUUCGUGUUCAACUGCUCCAACGGCAAGGGAAGAACCACAACGGCCAUGGUCAUAGCUGCUCUCACUGUCUGGCACUUCACUGGCUUUCCUGAGUUUGGUGAUGAUGAGAUUGUCAGUGUUCCUGAUGCCAAGUACACCAAGGGAGAAUUCAAGGUUGUGAUGCAGCUCGUUAGACUACUGCCGGACGGUCACCAGAUGAAGAGGGAGGUGGACAUGGCUCUGGACUCAGUCAGCGAGACCAUGACCCCCAUGCAUUACCACCUCAGAGAGAUAAUCAUCUGUACCUACAGACAGAUUAAAAGUGGUAAGAGUGAGAAGGAGGUGCAGCAGCUGCUUCUGAAGAGUGUCCAGUAUCUGGAGCGUUACAUGUACCUGAUCCUCUUCAACAGCUACCUGCAUCUGGAGAAGAAAAACUCCUGGCAACGAUCCUUUACCACCUGGAUGCAACAGGUGGCAGCCAGGGCCGGGGUGUACGACCUUCUCAACCAGCUGGGUUUCUCUGAGUUUGAGAACCUUCGGGACACGCCACUCGCCAGGCUCCGCUGCCGCUGGCAACGACAGAACAUCCAAUCACGUCCCUUCAGGGGGGCGUUCAUCUGAGCUGAGGAGAUCACUGUGAACUGCCAGACUAUGGCUGCUUCUGAAAUGGUACUCUAUUCCCUAUGUAGUUCACUACUUUUGACCAGAGCCCUCUGCACUCUAAAGGGAUUAGGGUGCCAUUUUAUGCAACCUAUGUCCUCCUGUGCUUUUCUUUUUUUAUACCUUUAAAAUGCAAUAAUGCUUUGUAUUUUAAAAUGUAAUAAUGCUUUGUAUUUUACCCUCAUCACUCCGAUACUUUAUUAUUAUAAUAGUGUUUUUUUUCAAACCCACUACCAAUGUUAUUUAGUAUUUGAAUGGAUUACUGUUUUAGUACUGUCAGUUGGUAUUUCCUGGUUCUGAUGCGUCUGCUCUGACUGCCGCCAAGAUUCAAGCUGACAUUUAGACUCAUUUGCUCUAUUGUUUCAUUAUUAAUAUAGGAGGAGAAUUAAUUCAUAUUUUGUCCUUUUUGUUUAAUGAAAGAAAAGGCGAGAACUGCCUCACUAGUAUGGGCCUAUAGGUUUAUCAAAGGAGGUGUAUAUUCACCUGGCAGAACAAACAGAUUAGGGGUUGAAAUGAAGGUUUUAAGUAGGUUACUUUUAGGGUUAGAAACAAGGGUUAUGUUAAGGUUAGUUUGAGGUUACGCUAAGGGUUAGAGGUAGGGAAAGGCUUAAACUUUGGGUUAGCGGAACUCCACCUCCAUAAAUAUUCUGCCGGUUAAAUAGACACUACCUUAACCAGAAGACAGAAUUGUAUUUGUCUGUACUAGAAUGUAACUGCAGACUUUUAAAAUGACAGCUUCUUUGUUUAGAUUGAAUACAUUUCUGCUACUUUUAAUUAACAUACAGUAUCAGUGUCUCCAAGUCCACUCCCAAGUAUUCGUUUGCCAAACUGCUGUAGAUGCUGCCAAAGCUAAGCUUCUGCUCUGUGUUUUACUGCUGUUUGCUUGUGCCUCGGUCCUCAGUUCUUCACAGACGUUUCUCCAAUCAUUAAAGGGGUAAUCUGCAUAAGGUUCAUCCAUUUUUAAAUAUUUUUUCAAUAAUGAUAUAUACCAAUUGAUCCUUGAAGAAUAUAACUUAUAAAUGCCUCGCGUUAAUCCAACUGUCGUACCCCAUCAGAACCCAAAAUAUACGCUUGUUUUACUCCAAGGUUUGUAAACGAUGUCAGUGUAAACACUGUAUAGCCUCAAAACAUGGUUAAACUAUAAUGUUGAUAUCAUGGAUGGUCUGUCCUUGUAUCCAUGGCGCCGUCUAUGAAUUUGAGUGGUUACAUUUUUCCAGCACCAUCCCUCUGCCUUUUACCAAAACAGUGGUGGGGUGGACAGUGUGUUUUGAACUGUGAAUUUCCCCUUUUUAAAGGGUUAAUAUGGGAUUGAAACAAGAACAAAGCCGUCUCUCUACCACCUGUUUCGGUAAACAGCUGAGGGAUGGAACUGGAGAAAUGGAACCACUCUCAAAUUCACAGACUGAGCUCUAAGCAGUGACCAUAUAUGUACUAAUCCCAGAUUCUUCCUUUAACUGAUAUCUCUGCAUCCUUGGAACAGCUGCUGAAACCAUUCAUGCAACCCACUCAUUUGAGGUUUCCAACUUCAGUAAAAGGUGCCCCCCCCCUCUUGGGAUAUUGGGUGUGUCCCAAAUUUCACCCCAUUCCAAACAGUAGUGCACUACUUUUGAUGUGGGUCCAUUGUGCUCUGGUCAAAAGUAGUGCAGUAACUAGUCGUCCACCCCCACACGGUGUCCUCUUCUCUCCCGUCUCCUGCCGUCUUCUGUCUGUGUUGUUAUGAACUGCAUUUUUAGGUGUUUGUCAACAAAAUAUGAGGCUAUUUUGAAAAUCAGCCUCCAAGAACAGAUCAUUAAAUAUAUAUAUAUAUAUAUUGGUCAGUAAAUAAAUGCAGUUUGUUUUCACAAAAAGUCAGUUCUGAGGGCUUCUGGGAAGGAUGUGUCCUUUAGGAGGAAAGCUAUGGCCUGAGGGACAGUCUGUUUGUACUGUCAUGCCAACUGCUUGGCACUCAUUGUCAUACCAAACAUGUUUUUCUUGACAACGACAGCAGUGGAGUUAGCAAGAGCACAAACAGAUCUGGGAUCAGGAAUGUUAUACCCCAAAACAACAAACUAUUAUCAUUAAGCACACUAAAGCUAUGUAAUGGUUAUCAAAUGUCCGUCGACAGGAAUCCGCUUCAGCUACUAUCAUGUAUUGUGUAAGCUAUACCUGAUACUUACAUGUUUUUACAGUAUUUCUAAUGCCAUAAUGAACAUGCUUUAGGAGCCAUACAGUAGAUCCUGCAAAUAUAGCCAGCCAGAGUACAGUGAUAGUCUGCAGAACAACAGUAGUCUGUGGAUCAGGCUGGUGUGAAACUGUAGAAACAACACUUACUGUAGGUUUGCUAUUUGUGAACUAAAUUAUUCCAACACAGCCUCGAAUGCGUCCCAAAUGGCACCCUAUUCCCUUUUUAGUGCACUGCUUUUGACCAUGGUCAAUAGGGAAUAGGGUCAGAAGUAGUGUACUGCGUAGGGAAUAGGGUGCCAUUUGGGACACAACCCCAUCUCUCUGUGGGUGCAGGAUCUGUUUUGCAUUAGAGGGCUGAGGGAUGACUGUUUUAUUGAGCAGUCCUGGGUUGUAUUCACUAGACACCGAAUGGAAGAAAACGGACCAAAACGGGAAAGGACUACCGGAACUUGUCCAAUCAGAAACGCACCUUUUCGUUGGCAAAACGUUUUCAAUUGCAAAAAAGCGUUUUGCUACGGUGUGCACACACGAGUAGGACUUAAAGCUGUCGUUAAUGGACAAUGGAGAGGCCGGACUUAAGUCUCCAUGACUCAUAACCAUAAAGGGUUGGGGGGUUUCUGUGAUGUCAUUGGGCGUGCUCCACUCCCCACUCCAGUAGGAACCAAAUGAUACGUCCGGGCCGGAUGGCCUUGGGCAGAAAUCUACAUGUGGAAGCUGCCACGUCAACCAUAUUUUAGUAUCAAUUGGUAAUGGUUACUGAUACUCUUUCUCCAUUGGCAGGACUUCCUGGGUGACAUUUGGGCCGGCACCCGAUUCCCUGUAUUGUGUACUAAUGUUGACACAUUUUGUCAAAAGUAGUGUACACUAUGCAGUGUACUACAUAGUGAAUAGGGUGUGAUUUGGGAUGCACACUUACUAUAUCUUACACCCACAGGAAGGGCUGUAUAAUAAUGUGUUCAUGAUAGCAGCAAUGCAUUCCUGCUUGUAAUGCAACCAUCAUUCAGCUUUGAGAAACAUCCAAUGUCCAAUCAGUUUACCAUGUUCUUUACCUAUCAUCAUACAUUACUAUUUAAACAGCCACGUUACUGCUCUCCUUAUCAAAUACAUCAUGCAUUACUAUUUAAACAGCCACGUUACCGCUCUCCUUAUCAAAUACAUCAUACAUUACUAUUUAAACAGCCACGUUAUCGCUCUCCUUAUCAAAUACAUCAUGCAUUACUAUUUAAACAGCCACGUUAUCGCUCUCCUUAUCAAAUACAUCAUACAUUACUAUUUAAACAGCCACGUUACCGCUCUCCUUAUCAAAUACAUCAUACAUUACUAUUUAAACAGCCACGUUACUGCAUAUCGGUUGUUAUGAAGGAGCUAUUAGAAGUGUGUAUAUAUAAAUGCAUUUUAUUUGAACAUUGUCCAGUACAGAGAUGAUGGGGUUUAUGUUCAUUUCAUUCCAUUGCAUUUUGACUCCAUUGUUAAUCUUUUUUUAUUUGUUUUAAAGCUAAAUAAAUAAAUAUGAAAAUGAAUUCAA